GUCAUGUGAAUACUUCUAAAAUGUCAAAAGAAUAAAGAAAGACAGUUUAAGAUUUAGUUUCGAUACAGAGACCAUCAACAUUCGCUAAUGCACAUUUCAUCCUCUUUUGGACUCAUCAGAGCAAGGGCGGAUCCAGGACCAAUUUUCGGGAGGGGCCAUGAACUUUUUUGGGGAGAGGUACCGGAGAUAAAAAUGGUUCCGCUAACGAUCGUAUUACUGAUGUUAGGAACAUUCCUAAGAGUAAGAGGAGAUCAAUGCGAGGAUGUCGAUCGUACCAAGUGCGUCUGUUAUCCAGGAACUGAUUACGAAUAUCAAUGCCCACCUGCUUCACCUGAAAGUUAUCUAAUCCAUGCUCAACCUCGCGAGUAUUUGCAUAUUGAUUGCUAUGGCAUCAAAAACUUUGAUGUUGACCGAUUGCCCAAUUACGUUGCAGGAAAUACAACUUACAUUAGAAUGAGAUACUGCCCUUGGCCAGAGGAGAAUUUCCAAGCUCUAUUAGAAAAGUUUGGCAUUACAUUUGUUAAAAGUUUAUAUUUUGAUGAACUCUUCUUACCAAACUCUUCAGCACCGAUUGUUUCAAAAAGUACCUUUCAAGGACUGCCUCACUUAAGGGUUUUAACUCUGGCUCGUGUGUCGAAUAAGCUAGCCGAUGAUUUACUUACAGAUCUUCCAGAAUUAGCCGAAUUUUACUUAGAAAGCAGUAAAGCAAUAAAAGAAUUACCUGAUUUUUAUAUACCUUCAACGGUCAAGAUACUACAUCUUGUAAAAAACCAGUUUACCAAGGUACCUAAAAAUGUUUUUCAGAAUUUAACUGGCUUAAGACAGCUCCAUUUGUGGAGAAAUAAUAUCACCAGCAUCACAAGGGACGACUUUAAAGUGCUAAAGCAAUUAGGUUCUCUAGAACUGAGCAUCAACUCCAUCAGUGAUAUAGAAGAAGACUGUUUUGCAGAUCUCACCGAACUUAAAACUAUAAAUCUGGGACAUAACAAGCUAAGUAACCUUCAUCCAUCGAUUUUUAAAUAUAACACAAAAUUGGCCAGUAUCCGAUUGGAACAUAAUCCGUUCUUGAUUCUACCAGAACGGAUAUUUGCAGGUUUUCCAGAUCUAUCCAACAUUAGUAUAAGGAAUACGGGUACAGCUAUUCUUACUGAAGAUAUUUUUGCAAAUUCGUCUCAAAUAACCGUACUGGGUUUGCAUGAGAACAAACUUCAAGAGUUAUCACCUAAUGUAUUCAAGGGCUUAAAGAAAUUGAAGACAUUGGAUUUAAGCAAAAAUCAAAUCAAGUCUUUGCCCGAUAGUUUGUUUUCGGAUUCACUUGCAUUAGAUAUGCUCAAUCUGGACUUUAAUAGCAUUACUAAAAUUUCCAAUGAAUUAUUUUCGACAACAAAGAAUUUAUCGACACUUACGAUAAGACAUAAUAAUCUAAACUAUAUCGAAACACGCGCAUUUGUUCAAUUGGACCAACUGAGAACCCUGGAUUUGUCAUACAAUCAAUUGACUCUAGUUUAUAUACCCGGGCAGUCACCUAUACCUGCUUUGCUCUCACUAGAAUCACUCAUUUUAAGGAACAACCAAAUUAAAGAUUUUCCCGAUCUUGGGCAUUUGCAAUAUCUUCAGAAUGUAGAUGUGAGUUUCAAUCAACUGCAAAUUCUUAGGAUUGAAGACCUUGUCGUGAACACAAGGCAAUCGCUAGGUUUCGUUGAUUUACAAAACAACAAAAUUCAAGAAGUAGAUUUUGGAACAUUGAAUAUUACGAUGAGUAAUACUGAAUUACAAUACAAGUUAAUUGAAAGAUUUUCUCCCAAUAAUAAGUACCUUCAAAUGAAAGUAGAUUUGAGAAAGAAUCCUAUAUUGUGUGACUGCUCAGUCUACAAUUUAGUUCGAUAUUACCAAAAUGACAUGUAUCCAGCUGUACGCUCACGAAUAGAUCUCAACAUAAACGGAAUCGUUUGUGACAAAUCUACCUUAUUCCAAGACGUUCUGGUGACUCACCUGAAACCAGAUGAUAUAUCGUGUGAGGUUUCUAGCAUCAGUUGUCCAAAGAAGUGUUUCUGUUUGUGGCAUUAUCAUUCAGAUUCUGUUCAUGUCAAUUGUUCAAACAGGAAUUUGACGCAGUUCCCAACGUUAACAAUCAGGGAUAACAAAAUCAAGCUUGAUUUGGAUGGCAACUACAUUGAAGGUGGCCUUAAUUCCAGUAUGGGAUAUGACAAUGUUACGGAAUUAAUUUUAUCAAAUAAUCGUAUACACGACUUAAAAUGGAUACCAAUGGGAAUUGAGAAACUCAACCUACAACACAAUAGCCUAACGCACAUUGACUCUGAACUUUUCAAAAUUAUUAAUAGCACAAAGAGUUUAAACAAAUUGGAAUUGGCUUAUAAUCCUUGGUCAUGUGGAUGCUCUGCUUUUGAUCUACAACUGUUUCUACAAAAUCGCUACACAAUUGUAAAUUCAACAGACGUUUUUUGUCAGAAGGAAAAGCAGUAUCUAGUUAAAAAAGCUGACCUGUGUAAAACAUCUUCAGCUUUCAUUCUGUCAGUAGUAUUCCCGAUUGUAGCCUUCCUGAUUUUAACAAUAGUAACACUUGUAUUAUACAUAUAUUAUAGGCAGGAACUAUUAUUUUGCUUAUUUUAUCACAGUAUAUGGUUUUGUACUGAAGACGAGCCUGAUGAAGAUAAAGAAUAUGAUGUCUUUUUAAGUUACGCACACCAAGAUGAAGAAUUUGUUCUUCACAAUUUGCUUCCAGUUCUUCAACCACUCAGAACUUGCAUUCACAUUAGAGAUUGGAAACCCGGCGAGACCAUACUGAGGAAUGUUGAGUAUUCCGUUAUGAAUUCUAGAAGAACUUUGGUGGUUCUCUCGAAUAACUUCUUAGACAGCGUCUGGGGCAUACAAGAAUUUAAAACUGCACAUACUCAAGCUAUUAAUGAAGGACGUGCUAGAGUGAUCGUAGUGAAAUAUGGUGAACUCGAUCAAAGCAGGUUGGAUGUGGAUAUAAAGACAUAUCUAAAUACCAACACCUACGUAGAAUGGGGAAAACCGUGGUUCUCGCAAAAGCUUAAUUAUGCUUUACCUCACUGUCGAGAAAAUGAAUCCUGUUAAGUCAAAUCAAAAUAACACUAGUAUCAUGUUGAAAAUUGAUGACAAAUUUUUACUGAAUAAUCCUCCUGUGAACCAUGCUGAAAGUACUGCUCCCGUUAUAACUUUGGACCCGGCUGUACUAAACGUUCAAAACGGUAGUGACUUGCACAUUUCUUCUUCUAAAACUCCACUAGUUGUUAGUGUGUUUUUAUUCGUUUGUUAUCUAUCUAUUUUUAUCUUAUAUUUUUAUCUAGUUUUGUACCAAUCGAAUAAAUAGGAUAUAUAAAGACUACAACUCAAUAUAAAGAUGAAUUCAGACAGAUGGUGUAAAUAUGAUGAAAAUUGCUCAUUUACCUCUCAUUGUAAAAAAAUGUUAAUCAAGAUAAAUGUACAAAUUUAUUGCAUAAAUAUUGAUAAGCUGACUGUAUCUUAGUUAAGUAAAUUGUGUUUUAUAUGCACCAAUUUUACAUUUUUGCUUGUCUGUUUAUACAAAUGAUCCAUCCUUAAUUUUCUUUGAACUGUGAUAAAUUUUUUAAGCCAA